AUGGAAGUUCAGGUUGAGAGAGUUCAAGAUAUUGCCUCAAUGCCCUUGUCCUCAGAAACCAUACCGAGUUCAUCAGGCCAGAGAACGAACAACCGGGGAACACGACGUGCCACGGGCAGGAUCUCGAGGUCCCGGGAGGUUAACGAAGAGUAUGCCAAGUACCUCCGUCGUGUGGUGGAGAAGCUACUAAGGAGCCUGUCAUUAGUUAGUGUACCUUCUGAAGAUAAAAAUUAUUACCCACCAUGUCCUCGUCCUGAUCUUGCUCUUGGGGUGGUGGCUCACACUGACAUGUCUGCCAUCAGCAUUCUUGUCCCAAAUGAUGUCCAGGGCCUCCAAGUCUUCAAAGAGGGUCAUUGGUAUGAUGUCAAGUACAUCCCCAAUGCCCUAAUCAUCCAUAUUGGUGAGCAGGCUGAGAGGUCAAUUGAUCACGGUUUUGGGGGUUUCAGAGGUGGGUUUCGUUUUGUUCCAUAG